AUGUUCUCAAAAGUAUGGUUUAUCACCGGCGCCUCCACCGGCUUUGGGCGCUCCGUUACAGAGCUAGCUCUACGGAAAGGCGACAAAGUCGUCGCAACAAUGCGUUCGCCAAAAGUCUUAUCAGAACUCUCGGCGAAGUACCCGGCCUCGCAACUCCUCGUCUCCCGCCUUGAUGUGACAAACUCUCAAAAGAUAACAUCCGUGUUCGAUGAGGCUUGUGCGAAGUUUGGACGCGUGGACGUGGUGUUCAACAACGCAGGUCACUGUACAGUUUCAGAAGCCGAAGGAAUGAGCGAGAGCAGCGCACGACGUCUAUUUGAGGUUCUUUUCUGGGGCGCUGCGAACGUGACGAAGGAGGCGGUUCGUGUGUUCAGGGACGCAAACCAACCGCGUGGCGGCCACUUGGUGCAGAUGUCUUCUAGGACCGCGUUGGAGGUCGUUCCCGGGGUGGCGCAUUAUGCUGCAGCUAAAAGUGCGUUGGAGACCUUAACAGAAGGAUAUAAAGCCGAGCUGGAUCCAACUUGGGGUAUCAAGAUGUCAAUCAUAGAACCAGCACUCUUCCGCACCGGCUGCGUACCUAGAAACAUCAUUGAACCGGUCCACCCCGCUUACAGCGACCCCUCCUUGCCUUCACGCAAGUAUCGCAGCAUCUACCCAGGGGCUGAUCAGUUCUCGGACGGCGACUCGAAUAAGCUUGCACAAGCGAUCUACAGGCUCACAUGCAUGGAUGAUCCUCCGUUCCGCCUGCCGCUACAUCACGUUGCAGUCUCCGCCGCGAGAAAGAAAGGGCUGAACUUUAUACAGGUGGCUGACAAGUUUGCAAGCUGGUCAAAUGAUAUUUAUCUUGACGACGCUGAUAUCGCAGCUGCGGGGGUGACGCGAUAG